AUGCUGAAUACAUCACUUUCGUGGGACCCCCCUGAAUUGCUGCUUAUGGGUUCUCAGAGCGUAGGUAAUAAUUCAGAGGGAUGCAUAUGUUUUGAACAAUUUGCCUUACAAGGAUCGCUUUCCCAACGUGGGAUUGCGCAGGAUCUCCUUAAGAGGGGUAGGCCUUUGUUGUGGGACUCCAGCCGUAAUAGAACCAUCCCACACACGCUUGUUAACCCGCUGAACAGUGCGGUGUUCAGGUGGUCUGGCCUGUACUGUGGGUCCGUGGUAAAUCGUACUCGGCAGUGGUAUAAUUUCAAAACCGCAAAUGGGUGGAAAGGUUCCCUGUGUAACAAUUGUACAUUGCCAGAGCAGUGGUGCAAUAUCACCACGAGUGACUGUUGCUGCAACAUCACACAAUCUUGGCCGCAGGGAGGGUACGGAUACGCCCGCAGGAGGCCACAAUAUAAUGUCGCCACCGGAAAACUAUGGAAAGGUAAAUUUGAUGAUAAUGGUCUGGAUAGGAGUAAUGAGAGAGUUAGUGUUGUCGGAGGUUCAAAGAUGUUACCACCAGGGGUGUUCCUGGUAUGUGGUGACAGGGCUUGGCAGGGUAUCCCGAGGAUACCGGUGGGGGGACCAUGUUACCUGGGGAAAUUAACUAUUCUAUCACCAAGUUGAUUCUCUGAGUGGGUACAAUUGGUCAGGGACAUGAGUAAAGGGACUCGGAAAAGGCGAAGUAUUCCCACCCUAGGAUCAGACUGCGGUGACGAGGUACACCUUUGGGGACCAAAGGCACGAAUAUUUGCAUCCAUCCUGGCUCCGGGAGUAGCCGUGGCUCAAGUGCUUAAGGACAUAGAAAGACUAGCUUGUUGGUCCGUGAAACAGGCCAACAUGACUUCUGCGCUCCUAAGCGAACUACUCAUGGACACUGAUAGCCUUAGGCAUGCUGUGCUCCAGAAUAGAGCGGCGAUCGACUUCCUACUCCUGGCACAGGGUCAGGGAUGCAACGACUUUGAAGGGAUGUGUUGUUUCAAUUUAAGCGAUCACAGUGAAUCGCUACAUAAGAAGUUACAACUGUUAAAGGAACAUACAAAAAAGAUUGGAAUACAGGAAGAUCCCUUCGGAAAUUGGUUGGAGAAUUUGUUUGGUGGGAUUGGGCCAUGGCUUAAGCAGUUGCUUAAAGCGUUAGUAAUAGGGCUGUUUAUAUUUUUGGGGUUAAUGUUGUGUUUGCCAUGUAUCUUUCAAUGUUUGCGAGGUUGUAUACAACGAAUGACUGAGAAAAUGAUCUACACGCAAUUGGAAUACUGUAGAAUGCAGGAUAAGUUCUAAGAUGUAUGUUGUUUAGGUUUAGCACAUUGCGUAUUGUAAUGGGGCAAGGCUUCUGUUGGCAUGGGGAGGGGGAAAUGUUGUAUUAGGCGCUUGCGCCAUCUUCGGGUUGUAACGCGUUAGGACCUCCCCCUCCAUAUAUAAGCACGUGUUUGUUCCAUAAAAGCGCCAAAACUGUAAUUUCAAACGGUUCUUACGCAGCAACUGUGUGUGUAAACAGUAACAAAGAAAAAAAUGAGCAGUACAACAUUUAAAACUGCAUCUGAAAAGAAGCAAGCAAGCGAACAGGAUUCUGCAAUUCAUUUGUUGCUGUUACAGAACACACUUUUUAUUACUUCAGCACUUUCAGUAUUCAUCCUCUUCUUCAGCCUCUUCUACAGAGUCUAUCCCAGCUUCUUCAUAAUCUUUUUCAAGGGCAGCCAGAUCUUCCCGGGCUUCGGAAAAUUCAGCAGUUCAGUAACAGGAACGUUACAGUGCAGUACAAUGACCGCUACCUCCAAAUACCACGUAAUUCCUACUAUUUCCAAGAUCAAGCACUUCAGAAGUUAUCAAAGUACCUUGAAUCCAGUUGGGCACCAAUCCACAAACUGAACGGUACGUUUAGUCUUGAUAGUAGCGAUAGCUGCGUUAACAUCUUCAGGGACAACAUCACCUCUGUAUAACAUACAGCAGGCCAUAUAUUUACCAUCACUCGGGUCACAUUUUACCAUCUGGUUGGCUGGUUCAAAGCAAGCAUUGGUAAUUUCAGCCAGGGAUAACUGCUCAUGGUAGGCUUUUUCAGCAGAGAUGAUAGGGGCAUAUGCUACCGAGGGGAAAUGGAUUCGUGGGAACGGAACAAGGUUAGUUUGAAAUUCUGUCAGCUCUACAUUAAGGGCUCCAUCAAAACGUAGUGAAGCUGUGGUGGAUGAAACAAUUUGCCCAAUUAGUCGAUUUAAAUUGGUAUAAGUGGGACGUUCUAUGUCCAGGUUGCGAUGACAUAUAUCAUAAGUGGCUGCAUUAUCUACCAUGAAUGCGCAGUCUGAAUGCUCCAGUGUUGCAUGUGUAGUUAAAACUGAAUUGUAAGGUUCCACUACAGCAGAAGAAACCUGUGGUGCUGGAUAAAUUGCAAAUUGUAGUUUAGAUUUUUUGCCAUAGUCAACAGAGAGCCUUUCCAUGAGCAGAGAUGUAAACCCUGAACCAGUGCCUCCUCCAAAACUGUGAAAGAUAAGGAAACCUUGCAGCCCAGUGCACACCUCAGCCUAUAAUAGGAUGGAAAAAAGCAAGAGAGAAAAAACAUAUAUUUAUUAUUACCUUUUCCAAAAUCAUCAACAUUAAAAUAAACACUCAAAAGCAAUUAUUUCCUCAUCAUUUGUUUUAAAAGGUAACUUUUUUCUUGUAUAUCUUUUACUUAAAACCACCACAGCACACCUUGUUCUGAAUAUGAGUAUUUUCUCAUUUGAAUGGAGCAUUUUCCUUUAUGCAUUUUUUAUCCCACUAAAAGCAAGAGCAGUUGUGCACCACUGUGAAAGGUUAUUAGAAAUUACAGCAGGCUUGCAGCUUUUAAACUACUAUUGUACUCUGUAUGGCAGCAAGUAUCAAUUUGGUUUGGAAAAAAGGUAUUUUUACAACUUCAGAUAGGCAAUCACUACUUCACUUUGAUUCACAUCAUGCUAAGUGAAUUUCUUACAUUACACCAGGUUAUGGAAACCUAGAAAGACAUGUGAAAUUGCUGAACGUCCAACCAAAAUCUGAGUUUCAGGGUACUGGAAAUAUUUUGAAUGACACAUAAUGGUGCGAUUCAGGUUAAAAAUAACAAACAAGUGCUUACAGUCUAAAGAUUUUAUAACGCACUUCUGAGGUAUCCUUAAAAUAUCUUCAAAUAAUGAUGUUCCACAUCACAAGAACUUUCAAGUUUUACUGACUGAAUUUUUAUUUAACUCAAGAGGGGGGAGGCAUGGGACCAAGUUCCUGGUUUUUUGUUUUUAAUAAUCUAUGCGUAACAUUCUUAAAAACAAACAACUCCCUCCCCCCCAGAAAAAAAACCAACACAAGUGUCAUAACAAAUUGUAACUAUAGGUAGCUCUAGAGCUGUAUUUUAAAUAAAAUUUGUAUUUUAAAUAUUGAUCUGCAGCAUGAAUUCUUACCACUUUGCGCGUGCGGUCUGACACUAGAUCAACAAUCUGUUUUCCAACGGUGUAAUGGCCUCUGGCAUAAUUACUAGCUGCAUCUUCUUUCCCAGUAAUGAGCUGCUCAGGGUGGAACAACUGCCUAUAUGUGCCUGUAGGUACUUCAUCUACAAGUGGAAAAAUACAUAUUCCAACAUAAAAUUUAUCUGCUGAGUUCUGCCUCAGAACUGUGGUGCCUAGGGAUGACAUACUACGUAAAAGGAAAUGUCAAAAACCUACAGACAGCUUCCAUGAACAAACGCAGCAAGAAGUUGGCACAACUUCAGUGUCUUUCUUUAGGGGAAAACAUCGGAUGCUCACAAAGCAGUAUUUGCAUCCUGGAACAUGGAGGCAACUCAAGAGAACUACACUGCAGGCACAGGCAUUCUGGAUAGCAAUUAAAUGAAGCUGUGGAUGUAGUGCAGUGACUUGGAAAGAUUAUCCAAAAUCUGCAAAGAAGUUUAACGUUUUCCAAACAUUACCCAUAGACCAUCAUUUCAUCUCUUUCAAAUAACACGAACCAAAAACGUCAAAACAUCAUCCAGCUAUACACCUUUCAGAACCCCUAGUGUUUUGAAAACGCACAAAAGUCUGAAAGGUGUUGUGUUAGGCGCUUGCGCCAUCUUCGGGUUGUAACGCGUUAGGACCUCCCCCUCCAUAUAUAAGCACGUGUUUGUUCCAUUAAAGCGGCAUUUUGCUGUUCGCCAUAUCGGUGUCGCCUCGGUAAUUGGCCAAGCUGCGGUCUCCCAGGAAAAGCGAACGGGUGAAGGAUACAACAGAUGGUGACCCCGACGUGAUUUCUGGGGGAUCAGACUGCGGUGACGAGGUACACCUUUGGGGACCAAAGGCACGAAUAUUUGCAUCCAUCCUGGCUCCGGGAGUAGCCGUGGCUCAAGUGCUUAAGGACAUAGAAAGACUAGCUUGUUGGUCCGUGAAACAGGCCAACAUGACUUCUGCGCUCCUAAGCGAACUACUCAUGGACACUGAUAGCCUUAGGCAUGCUGUGCUCCAGAAUAGAGCGGCGAUCGACUUCCUACUCCUGGCACAGGGUCAGGGAUGCAACGACUUUGAAGGGAUGUGUUGUUUCAAUUUAAGCGAUCACAGUGAAUCGCUACAUAAGAAGUUACAACUGUUAAAGGAACAUACAAAAAAGAUUGGAAUACAGGAAGAUCCCUUCGGAAAUUGGUUGGAGAAUUUGUUUGGUGGGAUUGGGCCAUGGCUUAAGCAGUUGCUUAAAGCGUUAGUAAUAGGGCUGUUUAUAUUUUUGGGGUUAAUGUUGUGUUUGCCAUGUAUCUUUCAAUGUUUGCGAGGUUGUAUACAACGAAUGACUGAGAAAAUGAUCUACACGCAAUUGGAAUACUGUAGAAUGCAGGAUAAGUUCUAAGAUGUAUGUUGUUUAGGUUUAGCACAUUGCGUAUUGUAAUGGGGCAAGGCUUCUGUUGGCAUGGGGAGGGGGAAAUGUUGUAUUAGGCGCUUGCGCCAUCUUCGGGUUGUAACGCGUUAGGACCUCCCCCUCCAUAUAUAAGCACGUGUUUGUUCCAUAAAAGCGCCAAAACUGUAAUUUCAAACGGUUCUUACGCAGCAACUGUGUGUGUAAACAGUAACAAAGAAAAAAAUGAGCAGUACAACAUUUAAAACUGCAUCUGAAAAGAAGCAAGCAAGCGAACAGGAUUCUGCAAUUCAUUUGUUGCUGUUACAGAACACACUUUUUAUUACUUCAGCACUUUCAGUAUUCAUCCUCUUCUUCAGCCUCUUCUACAGAGUCUAUCCCAGCUUCUUCAUAAUCUUUUUCAAGGGCAGCCAGAUCUUCCCGGGCUUCGGAAAAUUCAGCAGUUCAGUAACAGGAACGUUACAGUGCAGUACAAUGACCGCUACCUCCAAAUACCACGUAAUUCCUACUAUUUCCAAGAUCAAGCACUUCAGAAGUUAUCAAAGUACCUUGAAUCCAGUUGGGCACCAAUCCACAAACUGAACGGUACGUUUAGUCUUGAUAGUAGCGAUAGCUGCGUUAACAUCUUCAGGGACAACAUCACCUCUGUAUAACAUACAGCAGGCCAUAUAUUUACCAUCACUCGGGUCACAUUUUACCAUCUGGUUGGCUGGUUCAAAGCAAGCAUUGGUAAUUUCAGCCAGGGAUAACUGCUCAUGGUAGGCUUUUUCAGCAGAGAUGAUAGGGGCAUAUGCUACCGAGGGGAAAUGGAUUCGUGGGAACGGAACAAGGUUAGUUUGAAAUUCUGUCAGCUCUACAUUAAGGGCUCCAUCAAAACGUAGUGAAGCUGUGGUGGAUGAAACAAUUUGCCCAAUUAGUCGAUUUAAAUUGGUAUAAGUGGGACGUUCUAUGUCCAGGUUGCGAUGACAUAUAUCAUAAGUGGCUGCAUUAUCUACCAUGAAUGCGCAGUCUGAAUGCUCCAGUGUUGCAUGUGUAGUUAAAACUGAAUUGUAAGGUUCCACUACAGCAGAAGAAACCUGUGGUGCUGGAUAAAUUGCAAAUUGUAGUUUAGAUUUUUUGCCAUAGUCAACAGAGAGCCUUUCCAUGAGCAGAGAUGUAAACCCUGAACCAGUGCCUCCUCCAAAACUGUGAAAGAUAAGGAAACCUUGCAGCCCAGUGCACACCUCAGCCUAUAAUAGGAUGGAAAAAAGCAAGAGAGAAAAAACAUAUAUUUAUUAUUACCUUUUCCAAAAUCAUCAACAUUAAAAUAAACACUCAAAAGCAAUUAUUUCCUCAUCAUUUGUUUUAAAAGGUAACUUUUUUCUUGUAUAUCUUUUACUUAAAACCACCACAGCACACCUUGUUCUGAAUAUGAGUAUUUUCUCAUUUGAAUGGAGCAUUUUCCUUUAUGCAUUUUUUAUCCCACUAAAAGCAAGAGCAGUUGUGCACCACUGUGAAAGGUUAUUAGAAAUUACAGCAGGCUUGCAGCUUUUAAACUACUAUUGUACUCUGUAUGGCAGCAAGUAUCAAUUUGGUUUGGAAAAAAGGUAUUUUUACAACUUCAGAUAGGCAAUCACUACUUCACUUUGAUUCACAUCAUGCUAAGUGAAUUUCUUACAUUACACCAGGUUAUGGAAACCUAGAAAGACAUGUGAAAUUGCUGAACGUCCAACCAAAAUCUGAGUUUCAGGGUACUGGAAAUAUUUUGAAUGACACAUAAUGGUGCGAUUCAGGUUAAAAAUAACAAACAAGUGCUUACAGUCUGAAGAUUUUAUAACGCACUUCUGAGGUAUCCUUAAAAUAUCUUCAAAUAAUGAUGUUCCACAUCACAAGAACUUUCAAGUUUUACUGACUGAAUUUUUAUUUAACUCAAGAGGGGGGAGGCAUGGGACCAAGUUCCUGGUUUUUUGUUUUUAAUAAUCUAUGCAUAACAUUCUUAAAAACAAACAACUCCCUCCCCCCCAGAAAAAAAACCAACACAAGUGUCAUAACAAAUUGUAACUAUAGGUAGCUCUAGAGCUGUAUUUUAAAUAAAAUUUGUAUUUUAAAUAUU